GCGGGCGCCCGCGCUCAUGAAUAGUGAAAGAGCCGAGGAGCGUCAGCCGGGUGCGCAUGCGCCGUCGGUCUCUCGCGCGCUGUCUUCUCGGGCUCGUCGGUGUCGACGGGUCCCUGGGAGCUGUCGCAGCCUCGCCUCGCCUCGCGACUGCGGCCGACCGUUGGCAGCCGUUCAGCCGCCCGCCAGCUUGCGGGGAGUAUGCCCGGCCGCGCCGCGCACCAGGAGGCGGCGGCGGCGGGAGGAACUGAGCCCACUGCAGCCGGGGGGAGCGCGGGGGCCGCCGCGCAGCAGGAGCAGCGGGGCCUGACGGGGACCUUCCCGCUGGUGCUGAAGAAACUGAUGGAGAACCCGCCGCGGGACGCGCGCCUGGAUAAAGAGAAAGAGAAGAUAAAACUUGAGGAAGAUGAAGCAGCAGCUGCCAGCACUAUGGCAGUCUCAGCUUCCCUUAUGCCACCCAUUUGGGACAAAACUAUUCCUUAUGAUGGAGAGUCUUUCCACCUGGAGUACAUGGAUCUUGAUGAGUUCCUUCUGGAAAAUGGAAUUCCUUCCAGCCCUACUCACCUGGAUUUGAACCAAAAUCCACUCUUGCCUGUGGCUGAGCUGGAAGGAAAGGAGUCUGCCAGUGCUUCCACUGGUUCACCUACAUCAUCGUCAUCAUCAUCAUCAUCUACUGCAGUUUACCAGCAAUCUGAAGCGGCCUCCAGCACAGAGUCCCCUCCACAAAAUGAGAGAAAUACUCCCAGCCCCAUUGAUCCUGACUGCGUAGAAGUUGAGGUGAAUUUUAACCCUGACCCUGCUGAUUUAGUGCUGUCCAGCGUGCCUGGUGGUGAGCUCUUCAAUCCUCGCAAGCACAAGUUUACAGAAGAGGACCUGAAACCACAGCCUAUGAUUAAAAAGGCCAAGAAGGUUUUUGUCCCAGAUGAGCAAAAGGAUGAAAAAUAUUGGACAAGGCGAAAGAAGAACAACGUGGCAGCAAAGCGUUCCCGUGAUGCUCGACGAUUAAAGGAGAAUCAAAUCACAAUUCGGGCAGCCUUCCUUGAGAAAGAGAAUACAGCCCUGAGGACGGAGGUUGCAGAGCUGCGCAAGGAAGUGGGGCGAUGCAAGAACAUUGUUUCUAAAUACGAGACCAGAUACGGACCCUUUGACUUAUCUGAUUCCGAGUGAUGCAACUUUAAAGACUUUAAAAAAACAAAGAAACUAAAAAGCACACAUGAAUCGCCAGUCUUCAGAGUGAGCGUGAAAUCUAUGAGGUGUCCCAACACAAACAACUGACGAUGACCCUGCCUGCCUGCUUGCCUGCAAGUACCCCAUCUGAACUACCCAGGGCUGGGCAUGAUGAAAAGUGCAAAGUCUCCUUAACUCUGUAUAUGGCUUUCUUAUCUGUCUUUCUCACUGUAACUAUGAACUACAAUAAGCUUGCUUACUGGGGUUUUGUCAAGACACUCAAAGUUCAUUUCUCCAAGUCUGUUGACAACCUGUGUGAAUAGUGGCUCUUUGUUUUGGCACUUGAGUGGAAGAAAAUGGGGAGCUUUAAAUGGAAGUGGCUCUGUGUAUUAAGAACUGAUAUAUAUAGAUAUAGAUAUAUACACACACACACACCUCUCUCUCUCGCGCGCGCGCGUUCUCUCUCUCUCUCUCUCUCUCUCUCUCUCUCUCUCUCUGUGUAUAUAUAUAUAUAUAUAUAUGGUUUUUUUUCCUCCCCUUCAGCAAAUACUGCAGCUCACUUCUGGUACAGUGUAGUAUCUUGUAUUGUUAGUGCAGAACUGAAGACACCAGGAAAACAGCAAUCUGUAAGGUGUAAGACUUUCAGUGCAGGAAAGUACAGCAGAUAUAUUUGAAACAGACUAGAAAGCACCACAGUGUGCCAUACAAGGAGUAGUAAUAAACUCCUAUCAAAUGACUUGUAAUAGUAAAACACUUGAUUUGCUUUCCUGCCCCAUAGUUACACAGCUGUAACCUACUUUUUCUUUUUUUCCCCUCUUAUGAGGCUCACUUUCCUCUGUGGUAUCUGACUGAAACAAAAUCUGUUCUCCCUUUACUAUUCAGCAAUCAUGAAAAGGGUGUUGGUCUGAGCUGCUGAUCCCCAUAUCUUUCAGCAGUCCAGUACUACCGAAUGAGUUAAUCACCAAAACAGUGACUUAGCUACCGUAUUACAAUUUUCUGUCUCCUCUUGACCACAAGAGAACUGCAGUGGGGAACGAAUUCUUUGUUCAUCUGUUUCAUAAAUCUGAAACAGCCAAUGAUUUUUGGAGUCACUAAUCAAAACCUUUGUGCUGGUAUAGAGGAGUAGAUGAAAGCUUGGACAGACCGUGGGGAUGCUUGUUGUGUGUAAAAUACAGAGGAAGUAGGUGGAAGUUCCUUUCUAAGAGUCUCAUCAGCAUGACAAGAAUCUACUUCUGUACUGAGGAAGCUUAAGAACUAAAUUCAUGUGGGAAGAAAGUACUUAAUUUCUUGGAAAGUAGUAUAGGGUCAUGCUCAUAGUCAAGAUGAAGCUUGUCAGACAGGAGUGAAAGAUGAUCAGUGUAUUUUUGCCUGGAGAUUAACAAGCAGCAUACACUUUGAGGGAAAAAAUAUUCUUGAAAGCUUUCAGAAGCACAGGUGCCUAAAUGUGAGGCAGUUAGUUACCAGCAAAGUUUGACAUGCUAUUAUAUUGAACAAGUAUUUUAACUUUGCAUUUACCUGAGAUUCUGCCCUUAAUUUCACAGUAGAAAGGCAAAGAGAAAAAGGAACAAAGAAGCAGAUCAUGUUGUGAACUUCAAAAAAACAACAAAACAACUCUGGAGGGCAUAACCAGCUUUUUGAAAGCAUAACCUUUGUAAAGGGCAUAUACAUGAAAUGCACUUCUUGACCUAUUUUUUUUGUUUCAAUGGACCAUGUUGUGAAGUCAAGAAAGUGCUUUUAACUUUUUGUGCUGGUUGCAAGAGUAUAUUAAUGAAUAUACUUUUAUAAUUUGAGACUCUAAAAGUUCUGAGAUAAUCUAUGGGUAUCCUAUUCAAAUAACUAAUUUAGCUCCAUAUUGCUGAAAUGUCAGCAUAUAUCACUACCUGUAUCAAAUAUUGCAGAUUUGGACUGAUAUUUUUGGUAGGUACUGUUUUUUUGUGGCUUUAUUUUGGUGAUAAAGGCCUUGCUAUGGAUUUUUUCUAAAGACACUGACAGCAUGUAAAUAUAGCAAAUUUUCUUCCAUUAUCGUUUCUGAUUUUUCAGUUAGCUUGGAAUGGCUGUUCUUGAAAGUUAUGCUUUCUGUUCAAAUCACAAACUUAAAGGGUAUUGUAACUGGACAAGGAGUCACUAAUCCUUCAUUUGGGUCUUGCUGUCUUACUGCUUUAGGAAUAUCCUUUAAAUACUCAAGUAUUGUGUACAGGAUUUGUUUUUGCAGUGUGUCAUGCUAUAUCAAUAGCAAAAUAUUUAGUCAGUAAGAGUAGUAUGUGUAAUUCUAUUUGCUUUUUGUAUUACAUCAGAACUUAAUACAAUGGGAACUAACAGUGAAUGUUUUAGAUUUUUCUUUCAGAGAAGACUGUUAGCAAACUCUUGUGCUUCCUUGUAGAACAGUGCAAAGUUGCACAUUUUGUGAUUCAUGUAUCUACAGGUUGCAAAAGUGGAAAAAAAAUCACACUUUAGGGUGAGAGUGUAGUUGGAGGAACUUUUUUGUUAAGAAACAACAUCUUCAAAGACAGCUGAGAUGGUAGUAACUUUUUAAAGGAAUGUAGUUUUUGCUGGGCAAUACCUAUAUGUGCAAAGCUGAAUUCCUCUUUCAGUAUUUGAAGUCUCAGGAAGCUAGGCUUACAGCUUCAGAGCUUUCCACUCUUUUCAGAAUGAUUAACUAUUUAAUCUUGUUUCUUUGACUAGGAUGACUAUCCUAUCUGUAUAAGUUAUAACUUUAAUACAUUUUCCAUAGGGGUCAUAAGAAGACCAAUAUUCUUUUAACUGAAUUUGAAUGUUAAAAGCUGCUGAAUUGACACUGUUAGCAUCUGAAGCUCUCUAACCAUGGAACAAGCUCUGUAUAGGCCAUAACUGUGCCUAAUGCCAAUGUACCCCAUUCCAGCUGUAAAGGGACCAUCUCCAAGGGGAGGGAAUAAAGGGAGUUCACCUUUCAGCGUCACUGCAAGGAUUGCCAUUAAAGGGAGCAGUGUUUGACACAGCUGUGCAUUCAUUAAGAAAUGGAUUGAAGCCAGUGGUCAUUCCACAUAGGCUGUCAAACAGCCAUUGCACAGUACUCUCUUUCAAAAUAUAUAUGAACUGUUGAUAAUGUUUGUGGGGAGUGCGUUGUGUUAUGCCACAUCAGAAACAGUCGGCGAAUAAAUGAUGCACAAAACUUAAGCAGCAUUACUUUCAUACAUGGUCUUUUAAUCUAAAUGUAGUUACAUCUCCUUAUAAUAAUGCAUUUUUGUAUUUAAAGAUUCCCUAGAAGUUCAAUUUAUCACCUGUUGCCAAGUUCUGCUCCUAGCAAAGCCAAUAACAAGACCUCAUUAACUCCCACAGGAAAAGUUCUUUACUCUCUGACAUGGUGAUCUUAAGAUUUAAAAAAGCACUGGAGUCAUGGGUGUCUUUGCUUUACUCUGGAGCACUCUGCGUUGGGACCAGGUGGAUGCAUCUCAGGUCGCAGGUGUAAUGUUUGUGAACUGACCCCUUCCCACCUCUUAUUCAUUUACACAAGCUAGUGAUACAUUUUUAGUAUUUGGACAAUCUGAUGAAUUCAGCUGUGUUUUCCUCUGUUUUUUUCCUUGCUGCUUGGUAUGUGCGAAAAAGGUGCACAAUAAAUUUGUGCUGGGAGAAGGAAUGUUAAAAAAGAAACCUUAAGUGUGGCUUUCUGCAGUUCUUUAGUAACAUUUUAUAUGUUGGCAGUUCUCUUUUUCUCUGCUAUGCUGUUUGAAAGCCCAAGGUGCUCUAGCUGUAGAGAUGAUUCCCACCAUUAUCUGUGGGAUUGCUACAAAUUGUACCAAAUUCACUUCAAGUUGGGAGGUGCAGUGGAAAGCCAGCAGUUACAGCUUUGGGAAUACUGUAGUAUAACUAUUUGUUAUGGAAAAAUAUUUUGUGUAGUCAGCAGAAAAAAUGGACUUGCACAGAAGAGAAUAUUGCUGCUUCAGUCUUGUAAACCUUUUCAGCCUCACAGGGUUUUGUUCCUAGUGAUCAGAUGCCUUCAUUUUUAGUGAGAGUGGAGGUAUCUCAGACCUUUGUAAGCUGCAGAUAGGCUUAUGUUUGUCCUUAGAGUUUGAGCUGAUAAGCCCAAGAUGAGAAAUGCAAACUUACCUUAAUGUAUAAAUCUAACAUUUUUAGUAACUUGCAUCUAAAUCCAUAAACAGCAAAAUCAUUUGUUAAUGUUAGUGUUAUGCCUUUGCAGCACUACAAGAUACCAGCUAGCUUUCUAGUUGGGGGGGUGGGGGGGGUUUAUAUAAUAAUUCCUCUGAUCUGUAUAUCUACCAGUGUAACAUGAUGAAGAUAAACCUCAGUGAAAGGUUGGGGAAAGAGUAGAAAAAAAUAAGGCUAACUAAACUCCUGUGGAGAUGUUAACGUAAUGCUAACUGAAAAAUUAUAAUGAUUUAAUUUUUGGUAAUGCAGAUUUGUGAUAAAGAAUGUAAUUUGUUAGUUAGUAUGUUAUUCCUUACAGUGGAUCACUAUUGGAAUGCAAACCUAAAGUUCAAGCAGCUACAGGGGAAAGGGAAGCCUUUGAAGGAAGUACAGACAGGAAGAAAUACAGAUACUUGGCAAGUAUGAUAAAGAAUGAAAGGAGAAAUACAAGGAGUAAAGCAAGGUACUGACCUGAACCAGACUGCUAAAACUGAAGCUUCACCAUUUCCAAUUUUAGGACACUUUGGAUCCCCUCAGUUGGCAUCAUACAGAAGAUACAUGCUUGUUUAGGUUUUGAGAAUCUCCUCUUCUUGUUCUCAUUUCCACAGUUUAGAAGAAAGUGAAAGGGAUCUAAAGAUAGGGAGGAGGGUUAUUGCAGAAAGACAUUAAAAAUAGGUAUUGCUUUAACAGUGUGCUAUUCCACUGAGACUUGUCCUGCCCGUAUGAAGCUGUAUAGGAUAGUGCUGUGCCAUGGGGAAAUUACUGUCUGAGGCCCCAAUAUUUUAAGGCCUCAAUUCUGCUGUCAGUUCUGCAUGGGAUGAGCCCUGUAUCUGUAUAAAACCACAUGGACUUUACAGGAUCUAUUUAUGAAUGUGAAGCUCUGCCCAGUCAGUCAGCUGCAGAAUUGUGUCCUUAACGUGAUCAGUUGUAGUUACAUGGCUGUUUAUAUUAACUGUAAUUUGGGUGCCUAUUAUGUAGCCAAAACCCUUGUUAUUUCACUUUUCCCAACUAAAGCAUGAACAGAAGCUCUUUGCUGUACAACAUCUGUAAAAACGUACUUCAUAUUUGUCUAGUAAAUUAAGGCAUGUGAUUUUGGGCCAUGGGUCUCAACAGACUUUGCUCAUAUACCUGCCUGAAUGUUUUCCUAGAUCUGCAGCCAUGUCUCGGUAUGAAGGUAUGGUGGGAUUUGUUUACCUGAGUGAACGGAAUAGCAGCUCUCAUCUGUCUCAACGCAGGUGUCUGCUUGCUACUGGUCAGGAUCAUGGAAGGAUGCAUCUUCUGCACUUUUAUGUGAAAUUGUCUAAAAUAUGGUGAUUAACAUGAUUAUUGGAAUACUGUAUUUUGUAUAACUUAGAAUAUGUAAAUACACUUUUAAAACUAAUCUGUUCUAUGAAGUAAUAAAUAAGUGCUUCCAUUGUAAUAUUUGAAUAUUGUUAAUGCUUCAUGUAGCUUGAUUUGAGAGUUUUUUUCCUAGAGAACUACAGAAAUCAAAACAAAGAUUGAUGUUGUGGAAUUCUAGUCUAGUUGUGAUGCUUUCUAUCAGCAAAAAAUGUUUUAAAAAAAGUAAUGAGCUACGCUUAAGCAGAGAAACUGAUAAUUUGAGGAAACCGAUUCUCCUUCAGUCUUUCUUUAACAGUAGUCACUGUUACAUUCAUAGUUCUACUCUUCCCAUCCCAUUUGCUGGACAGUUGACUUGUUCACCAGCUGCAUCUGGAAAGUGGCAAUAUUAAAUGGCUUAUAAAGCUUAGUGAUUGAGGAAAAUGAAAGUGGAUUUUAUUUAUUUACUUUUAUUUAAACUAUUCUCUCUUUUGGCUUAAACAGAUCUGUCUCCAUCCUUCAGCCAGACUGCAGCAAGUUGCAAUGAAACAGUGAGUGACUGUUACUAAAGCUCAUUUGUAACCUAGGUAGUCUACAUCUUGAUUAGUCCUAUUAUGUACAUAGAUGACACACAGGUAUCCUGCCUUGGUGUGGGGAGAAAGCAAUUCAAGACUUGAGAUUUUUGCUGAGUAUGUGUUCACUGGAUGCUGCACAGCUGGAACUUUCAUCAGCUUUCAUGACCUUUUCUAUCUAACGUUAAAAGAAGAAACAGUGGUAUGAGAAUCAUGAGCAGUCUGCUAGGAAACAUGAACAUUUGUUUUUUCAGGAGAAGGUGAGGAGAUUGGUCCAUCAGCCUUCAUCUAGGGAGAUUAUCCUGUGAUAACACCUUCUCCAGCCAUAACAUUACUACUUUAUCUUUAAUGCUGUACUGCAGCAGUCUCCUCUCUGCUAUCAACUGCUUCUGCAGUGUUCCAUAAAUGACAAAGCUACAGCACCUCUUUUGUAGUGGGCAGAGAUGGUGACACACAUCCCCCACCCCCAGUCCUUGGUGUAUCUAGACUAUAAAAUAGCUACGAAACAGCUAAGCGUAUGCACAGGUUAUUCAGAAAGUUCUGUUCCUGUAAAGUUUUUUUUCAGAGACCUUUGGUUUUGAACCAAAUAGUUUGAAGGAACUCUUAUCUGCUAUAUUUGCCUUGAAAUUCUUUUGCCUCUGGGAUAAAAAUACUUUAUUUGGAUUCAUAUGUGACAUUGCUCUGACCCAUUCAUUCAAAGGGAUGGAUGAUAAAUCUGCACAGUAUUUAUAUGAAAUAUAAAUCUGAUCUUAGUUUUAUUGCAUGAUAAAUUGUUUAAUCUCUUGGGUAUCUUAAACCUGGAGGUUGUUUAGAUAAUUCCUGUAUGUGCAGCUGAUUUUUGAAGCAGCCUAUAGAGUGCAUCUGAGAUCAUCCCAACUGGAAGAUGCUGUAGAAAUGAAUAAUAAUUAUGUUUUAAAGCAGCUGGGUAAAACUCUAUUGCCAUAAAUGAUUUUAGUGUAUAUAUAAAUCCUUUAUCCCAAACAGCUCGUUUUGCACAUAAAUCUACACACUCCGGGCAGCUGAUGGGUGAAAAUAAAGGUGCUUAAGCAGCAGUCUAAUGGGGAAAGGGCAUUUCAGUGCUGCAGAAUUGGUAUUAUUUUGUAUUUCCAUUUCUUACGCUUUUUCAAAUGUAUAAACCACGGAUUCGAAUUCUCAACGUCUUCAAAAACAGCUUGGAUUUUGUGAGUAGUUUAAAUCCUCUCACUUCUCUGCUCGUAAUUUUUUUUAAAAACGCUUUUGUUUAAAAUGUAAAAUUUUUAGUGUAUUAAAUUCUGUUAGUACCCUUUCUUUUUAAGAAAUAAAAUUUAUAUUCCACUAUGCA